AAAUAGCCACGUUAAAAAAAAUGUCAUUGCUCUUGCCGUUGUCAGGUGACAUUUGUCAGCUGCUUGGCAGUCGCUUUUUUGCUCGCUGACUUGGCCAGCCAACUUAUCUAACGUUUGGGUUAACUGCUGUUAACGCUGUUAAAAUGCUGUGGUGUAAUGUAUGAGGAUCUGAGAAAUCAGUUUACGGGAGAACAGGAGCUUUAUUUUAGACACUGAAGGCAUUUAUAGCUAAAUAUCUUGUCUGAGGAAGAGAGGAUUAUCAUGGCUCCCACUUUGUUUGAUCAGAAGCCAGAACCCGGGGAUUUGAUUGAGAUCUUUCGGGGGACCUAUCAACACUGGGCAGUGUACAUUGGAGAUGGUUUCAUCAUUCACCUUGCCCCCCCAACUGAGAGCGCACAAGCCGGUGCCUACAGCAUGAUGUCAGUCCUGUGUGACAAAGCCAAGGUGAAGAAGGAGGAGCUGUGGGAGGUGGUGGGGACAGAUGAGUACCAUAUCAACAACCUGCUUGAUGACAAAUACAGACCCAGGAGCCCUAGUGCCAUAGUGAAGGAGGCCAAGAGCCGGGUGGGACAGGAGCUGCCAUACUGCGUCUUUCGAGGGAACUGUGAGCAUUUUGCUACAGAACUGAGAUAUGGGAAAGCUGAGUCACGACAGGUGCGCCAUGCUGUGGAGGUAGGAGUAGGAGUGGGAGUGGCAGCUAUGAUUGGCGUGGGAGUCCUUGCUGCCGCUGCUGCCAUCUUUGGAGGCGGGAGCAAAGAAAAGAAGAACAAUCAAUAAGCUGAGGGAGCUCACAGAAAUGCACAACCAACAAGCCUUAAUUGAAUUCUGCUCGCGUUGCCAUACACUGACCUUUUCCACAGCUUUCGGAAUGGCAGUUCUGCUCAGAUUGUAGAUAGCUUCAGAUGUCCUAAUUUACAAAGUAAAUGGCAGGCAGCUAAUAUAAGAAAACAAAUGAUUUGAACUAACUGAAAAUGAGUGGUUAUCACAGUUGCUCACAGAACUUACCUCUGCACAUGUGUUUCAGUCCAUUCGUAUAGAGUCCUGUUGAUAAAACCAAAACCUCAGUAAAACUAAAAAAAGAAAAUCAUUUUCUGUAAUCUUGCAUUUGUUAUUAGUUUUUAUAUGUAAUAUUAAAUAUGAUUAGCUCAGUAUUGGCUGGGGAACUUGAUGUGCAGCUCAAUAAUGGCAGGUUCAGAUCCCAGUUUUGAAUAUCGCUGUUGUAUCCUUAUACAGGCUAUUUAACUGCAUUUACUUCAGUAAAUAUGCAGCGAUACUGAUCAAGUAUGAGUUGUGCAAGUCAGUAGACAGUAACAGUAAUGAUGAAGGGCAGUAAUUAUGAAACGUGGGGAACAAGAUAAGGUCUGUAAUCAUUCUAGAUUAACACGAUGGGAAAGUAUGUUACUAUUAUUAUAAAUGUUUCACUUAGAUUUUUAAAAUGUGGGUAUUUAGUAAACGUUCACAGUAGACACCCUGUUUAAGCAAUAGAAAAUAAAAUGUAAGUUUUGAUUUUCUGCAUUAAAAUUGUUCAUGUUCAAAGAAAGAAAACUGCAGGUAAAUUAAAAUGCAUUAGCAGUCCCCUGUCAAUCUGAUGUCUUUUAAUAGUUUGUACUGUAUUUGUAGUAUUGUUAUAAUGUUAAUGUUAAAAGAUUAAUGUAAUAAAGAGUGGAUUAAAUCAA